AUGGGUGGUGUGUUGCGAAAUGUCGCGCUGGCCGUGCUGUCCAUUUCGCUUCUUGUAUUCAUCGCGCUUUUUGGCCGAUUGCCAGCAUUUAGGAAAACACCCAUCGGUUUUUUGCAUAGAGCUCUCUGGAUAUACAUUCCGCGUGGCCUGACUCGAAUCGACUCAUUUCUCACCGGGGGCCGGUUGCUCUCGUGCUGUACUGGCGCUGGCAAGUAUUUGAUGUACGAAAACCAUCCGGUCGUGUUGAUAUUCUUCGCAUCGCUCUUGUCAAUCUCCGAGCUGGUAUUUGUACCGGCUGCAUGGUCUAGACUGAACGAUCUACACCGGAUCGCUGUUCCAAUAUCAAUCAGCCUGCCAUAUAUCUACUUAUAUGCCAGUGUGACAACAAAAUCUUCCAUCACUCCGGAGAAUGUCAGAAGCGAGUUGGCUCGGUAUCCAUAUGACCGAGUUCUUUUCCACCCGGGGAACGAGUGCUCUACGUGUCGUGUUCUGAAGCCUGCGCGGAGCAAGCAUUGUAGUGUUUGCAACGUCUGCGUCUCCAAGCAUGACCACCACUGUGUCUGGCUUAGCAAUUGCGUGGGUCGCAAUAACCAUCGCUACUUUAUAGGCUUGCUACUGUCUCUCACGGUCUUGCUCGCAUACGGUGUGAGACUGGGCUACGUCAUCCUCGAUGAAAAUUUACAAAUGACGCUCUCCCACAGUCGAAGCUCACGCUGGAGCGCCGGGCUAUCCUGGUCUACGUUUAUCAACUACUGGGGUUAUGCCGUCACCGAUGAACUUCGAAUCGGCUCUAUUUUUCUGCUAACAGUUAUGACAACGCCGCUUGCUUUGGGAUUCCUGGUCUACCAUUGCUAUCUUAUCUGGGCUGGAAUGACCACCAAUGAGACGUCAAAGUGGGAUGACUGGAAGGAAGAUAUUGCGGACGGGUUGGUUUACAGGGCAAGCAAGAGGGAAAUCUACAGAACCCCGAAGCCGCGGAACGACUCUAUCGAGCCAAAGUCACGCUGGCCCGGGACCACUGACCAGGUCCUGAUAAUGACAGGUGGUGAGCCACCCAGGGUCGGUUUUUCCAUUGCCACGCAGUCCAGUUGCAUCCUGCAACCUGAAGAUGAAAAUGCACCUGCCGAUCCGCGGUUCCAUCGCAUCGGAAACAUUCGAACUAUCGACAAUAUAUAUGACCUGGGGUUUUGGCGGAAUCUGAGAGAUACGAUGAACUGGGAUGUACAAUACAAUAUGACAGAACACAAUUUUAGAGGAAGCGAGCCAAAAUGCACCCCCGCCGAGCUGCUGCUCAAGGUCGUUCUUGCGGGGACAUUGAGUCACUAUGAGACGCGAGGCAUGAUCGACGACAAACAGUUGGAGGAGAUGCUGAUUGCGGGGAAGAAGAUUGUUCUGAAGACGCGCCAUGAAAUGGAAGUCCGACAAAGUCUUGCCCUGUCUACGGAUAUCUGGCAAGGCCUCACCGACGUUCUCACCAAAGCGAUCCCAGUCUUAGAAUCGCAAUCGUUUGCCUGGAAAUGCCCGCCGACGGCAAACUACGAUCAUUCGUCCUCUAAUUUGAUAGCAUACAAUUACCUUAACCUAGUCAAGGACAUCGAACGACUUCGUGACCUCUGUACCAUCGCUCGAAACCUUCUCGCCACCACCAACAGAGCGCAGAAUUUGGCAGCAGAGAAAGGGUUUGACCAGCGGAUACUGGCUUUGAUUGAUACAUGCGUUCGGGUCACCGCCCGAGGUUUCGACGGAGAUGCAAAUGCGAGAAACGAGGAGCGUUGGCAAAAGGUUGUCAACCUGUACAAAAGUCUGUUGAUUAUAUGCCUGCAAUUUUUGAACAAUUUCAUCAUGCAAAACGAACAGCGCAAGCUUGUUCUGUGGUUGGAUGUGUUCGGAUACCACUCAAAUGGCGAUUACAAACUCAUCACGCCAAUGGAACCACUUGAUCCCGCAAGCCCUUCACCACAAGGCGUUGCUCCGAUUGUGAGGACGGGUGAGCGAUCGAUCGACCCUCCUCGGAGCGAGCAAGCAGCCGAAGACUUGUUGAUUGAGACUAUCUCAAGUUUUCCGAGAGAGCCCGCCAACAUCAAGGAGGAAGCCGCCAUGCUAUUGUUGGCACAAAUCAAAGAUCACAUGGAGAAGCUUCUUGGACGUGACCUGAGAGAAAUUCAAGAGAUGGGCAAGGACCCGGAACAAGUGAAGGAAAUACGUACCGCACUAACGGCAAUCCUUGGACAUAAAGCGGACGAAAUGAGAGGAUUAAAAGACCGAACACAAGAUCCUCCGGAACCAGAGGAAGAUAUCAAAAAGCAACCUAUACUCUGCAUAGACCGAAGCGCCACAGCAGGGUAUCCACGAAUCUGUUGGGCAGAUCUUCCCGACUUCGAGAGGUACAGUGCAUUUGCAGCAGACUCGCCUAUAACCGAAGAGGAUACGACCAUGUCUCGGACUUAUCAGUCUGGGGUUGACGCCUUGCAAUUAGCCAAGCAAGAGUUGAUGGCUCGUGCACAAGAAGCUUCUCAAGCACUCGGCGAAGGCGACGAUCCCUAUGACCAUGAUGACGGCGUUGGUGAUGAUGAUGGCCAGAGCCUUGACGACGGUGUGGAAGGCAGUCUUGAUGAAGAAGAUGAAGAGGAAGAAGACGAAGAUGACGACGACGACUAUCGGGGUAGACCCGGUGAUCAACAGCGAGGGCUGUUGACGGAUAUUCCUCUUGUCUUGGGCCCAGCCGAAAUUGAGGCACUUCCAAUGAUCGUCAAAGCUGGUAUAGUGGACAAUCUAGGGGUGAAGAAUGGGGACCGAGAAGUGAUUCAGAACAUGCAAGCAAUUCGAUGUCACAUCCUGCUGACACAGGAAACCGGCCGCAACUUGCUCCGUGAAUUAUUGAUUUUCAUCGCGGCUUGGGAUCUCCCUGACGAGGAGCAAUACUUUAAAUAUAUGGAGCAGAUUAUGGAGGCGAUCCUGAAAAAUGGCUUAAUGUCUCACGCUUAUGCUGAUUUCGGCCAGCAGAAGGAUAUCAUCUCUCCAGCACAAGCGGUCGUGGUGAAGAUCCUGACACAAAUUUUCAGAAAGAAGUAUACACCAGGGUCAUUAAAGCAACCCAAAGACAUUCCGCCAGCUGAGCCCCCGAUUCCAGCCAGUUUAACAAGGGUAGAUGUACUCACAACGCGAUAUAUCUUUACCAUCUUUCGAGGAACCAUCAUACCAGAGUCAUGCGGCCUGAUCUAUCUUCAAGGCCAAAUCCGAGCAAACAGAGCAUUGCCAGAGGAUUUCCCGCUAAACCUUUGGGAUAUGGAGAGGGUAUACGAAGGCGUAUAUCAGCUUGUGGAAUUUUUCGCAGUGCUCACAGAGAACAACGACUGGAAGAAAUUGCUUAUCAAAUGGGAGCUCGCCUAUGAUUUGGUUACACUGCUGAAGGAGUUGGACGCGAACAUUCCCAAAGGUUCCCUUAGUUCAAUGAUGACCAACCCGCCGCCAGCUUCAGCUUUCCAGGGUGCCAACAGUCCUACCAAGGAAUCUGCGCAACCAGUUGCGGUGGAACGCCCGUACGACCCCACCGAUGUUGACCCAGUAGACGAUAACGGCGAUGAUUCUGGCUCCCGAGCCGACUCUGCGCCUAUCACCGAAGAUCCCUGUGAAUUCGAAUGGCGCAACCUCAAAAAACUUGUCCUACUGGUGCUGUCCUCCCUCGUGUGGCGAUCUCCUGAAGUCCAAACCCAGAUUCGCGAGCAUCGCGGUGUAGAAUGUAUCCUGUCCUGCACCAGUUUCGAUGCACACAAUCCUUACAUGAAGGAACAUGCGGUCAUGUGCUUGAAAUUCCUUCUUGAAAAUAACAAAGAAAACCAGAAAAUCGUCGAGGAACUCGAGGCCAGGGAAGUCGUUCGAGACGAAAACGGCGUGCUGGAAAAGAGUGGCUACGAAGCGGUCAUUGACGAGGUGGGCAAACUGGCUAUCCAGAAGAAGACUGGGCCAACGUCGGCCACGAGUCGUAUUGAGGAAUUGUUAGAAGAGGAAUAA